ACUUUUCUAAAAUUAUGAAUGAUUUAAAAAAAAUUUUUUUUUUUUUUUGCUGCUGUUGUUUUUUUCUUGUUAAGUUCCCAAAACAUGUUAGCUUCAUUGGCCACUCCAAAUUGUCCAUAGGUAUGAAUGUGGGUGAGAAUGGUUAUAUAUUAUAUAAUAUAUAAUAAUAUAUAAGUGAUAUAUAGUGACAUAUUAUUUAUUAUUAUAUAUUUAUUAUCAGUAGUUUAUUUGAUCUCAAAAUUGUUGACUAAUAUGUUUUUUUGGUCAAUUUGUGGGGAAAUGAACAUAAAAUGAAUGUUGAAAUCCGGUCUGGUUCUGGUGGACCCAUGUGGGGCAUUACCUGGUCUGGUGACGCCCCCGGUGUGCCCCCCAGUUGGACCUCCAUGUAGGAGUUUGUCAGGGAAUAACAAUGCAUGCACAGGGAAUGUUGAUGAUUGAAUGAUUAUUCAUCCUUUGCGGAGAUCUGUACCGACUUGACUUUUUCUGGUCCAAAAAAAUCCCGAAGCGGCGAAAUAAAACGGCGUGAGGCAGCAGAGGUGCGCUCCAUCAGCUAAUGUUUAUCUUCACGCUGUUCCGCCUCCAGAGAAUGAUAAGCUAUCAAGAUGGACAGGCGCUGCGGGAAGACGUCUCGCUCUAUCACAUGAUGCUAUCACAUGAUGCUAUCACAUGAUGCUAUCACGCACCACUAGGAGGUUGCAGCGUGGAGGAGCAGGAGUGGACGCUGCCUGGAAUGUUUGGGUGAAAAAGAGUUUAUGUUGUGUCGGAAUUCAUUUUCACUCCUGGCGUCCGCAGCCAGGAUGAUUGACACUUCCCUUGCAUUGAUCAAUGGCUGCACCAGGAGGGCUCUCUCCAGCUGAGCAGGUCUUGAGGACCUUUGAUGGCUCUUUGGUCUUGAAGAUGGAGAGGUUGGAAUGGAAAAGUUUUUUUUUUUUUGUGGACACGGAUCAGAAUGUUUAGCAGUUAGCAGGAUAUCAAGUACUUGUUUCUCCUGAAGUACUAAUGUAUUUACAAGUACUGUUUGUUGUAUCAUAACAAGGAUAAGGCGGCAAUAUGUCACAUAACAAAUAUAAUAUAACAGAGUGAAAAAAGUUGUCCUCCCAUUUGGUGUGGAAGUGGUACACCUUUGGCUUCUUGGUCCUUGUUAUUUGAAACACAAACACAGAGAGUAUGCAGCUGGAAAUGUCACAUAACAAAUGUAACAGAGUGGAAAAAGUUGUCCUCCCAUUUGGUGUGGAAGUGGUACACAUUUGGCUUCUUAGUCCUUUUUUUGAAACACAAACACAGAAGGUGUGCAGCUGGAAAAAUAUCACAUACCAAAUAUAAUAUAACAGAGUGAAAAAGUUGUCCUCCCAUUUGGUGUGGAAGUGGUACACGUUUGGCUUCUUAGUCCUUUUUUUUUUAAACACAAACACAGAGAGUAUGCAGCUGGAAAUGUCACAUAACAAAUAUAACAUAGAGUGGAAAAAGUUGUCCUCCCAUUUGGUGUGGAAGUGGUACACAUUUGGCUUCUUGGUCCUUGUUCUUUGAAACACAAACAUAGAAAGUGUGCAGCUGGAACUAUCACAUAACAAAUAUAAUAUAACAGAUUGAAAAAAAGUUGUCCUCCCAUUUGGUGUGGAAGUGGUACACGUUUUGCUUCUUAGUCCUUGUUCUUUGAAACACAGACCACAGAAAGUGUACAGCUGGAAAUGUUGCAUAACAAAUAUAGAGUGGAAAAAGUUGUCCUCCCAAUUGGUGUGGAAGUGGUUGUUUUUUGUCUUCUUAAGUCUUGUCUUGAUGGAAGAAAUACAUUUGAGCCUAUGUGAAGAGCUUGUUAGCUGGCAAGCUAGCGGCCGUAUUGAGUCCAGAGUCCAAUUGCCAAAUUGGACGCGCACGGCGGUGAGAGACGACCGUACUGGUUUAUGCGCCAUUUUCCCCAAAUUGCUUUCUUCGGGUUCUGAUUUGUCGGGCCCCAUCUGCUGCUCCGGCCUGCACGUGCGGCGUUUUAGGACGCCAUGUUUGUGUGCCUGUCUGUUGACUAACGGACUAGUGCGGUUACCCGCCCGUCUGGUCCGACCUGCCCCGCCGGAACGCACCAACAGAGGAGGGAGCGCGGGGAGGGAAGCUGUUUAUUUAAGCUCUGACCGUCCCGUGCUAACGGCCGCGCUGGUGUUCGUGUGCGGGGCCGAUCGGGGCGGCCGCCGCAUCCAAUUAGCCUUUUAGCUCAGGCGGGUCGUUUUGCCGUUACCUGGCGUUACCUGGAAGCCUCGACAACAUCAGGGAAUAACCACAAGUCAUGCUGGGGGGGGGGGGUUGUUUUCCCUCCUGAGAUCCACCAGCCUGUGCAAACAGGACACAGGGGCGGAGCCUCCCUCCGCUUUGUCUGACAGGUGAAGGGUGUAUCCUGUUACGUCACGCCCAUGUUGCAGCAGCAGAGGCUGUACGUUUCGGCGUCCCGGGAGCUCGUGAAUGAAGGCGCUUUGGGCUUUCGUGAAGAAGCCGUCGGGGGGGCAGGGGGCACAGGAUGUUCCCGUGAUGCGUUCAGGGGAGUCAAGCCAGGAGCUGGGACCCCCUCCCUCGGUGGAUGAAGCAGCCAACACAUUGAUGACGCGCCUGGGGUUCCUUCUGGGAGACAAAGUGAGCGAGGGGCCCGCCGGUCCCCACUACAGCAUGGAGGAGCCCGAGGCCAGACAGGGCCAGAACCAGAGGAUCAGCCCAUGCUCCACCCUGACCAGCAGCACUGCCUCCCCCCCUGCAGGCAGCCCCUGCUCCACCCUGCCCCCCGCCAUGCCGGGCCAGGCGGGCACCAAGGACUGCGCCUACGGUUCCGUCACCAGUCCCACCUCCACGCUGGAGAGCCGUGACAGCGGGAUUAUCGCCACGCUGACCAGCUACUCUGAGAACAUGGAGCGCGGCGGCAAACACGGCGAGGGAUCGCGGGGCAACCUGAAGCUGUGGCAGUCCCAGAAAUCAGGCAUGGACUCCUUCCUGUACCGCGUGGACGAGAACAUGACGGCGUCCACCUACAGCCUCAACAAAAUCCCCGAGCGCAGCCUGGAGAGCAUGUCCUCCCACUCGGCCCACUCCAUCCCUCUGUACCUCAUGCCCCGCCCCAACUCUGUGGCCGCCACUAGCUCCGCCCACCUGGAAGACCUGGCCUACCUGGACGAGCAGAGGCACACGCCGCUACGCGCCUCCCUGCGCAUGCCCAGACAGAGCACCACCUGCGGGCCGGGACACUCGGGGCAGGACUUGAGAGCUUCCACCAACAACUCCCACGCCUGGCAGUCGCAGUCACUGCGUUUCGCUCCGUAUCGGCCCCAGGACAUCGCCCUGAAGCCGCUGCUGUUCGAGGUGCCGUCCAUCACCAUGGACUCGGUCUUCACGGGUCGGGAGUGGCUCUUCCAGGAGGUGGACGCCCACCUCAACCGGCCCACCUGCGGCGGCAGUCGCGGCGUGGUGGUGGUGGGCAACAUCGGCUUCGGGAAGACGGCCAUCAUUUCCCGCCUGGUGGCGCUCAGCUGCCACGGUACCCGCAUGAGGCAGAUCGCCUCCGACAGCCCGCAGGCCUCGCCCAAACAUGGGGAGGGGCUCCCUCUCAGCCAGUCCCAGCCCAGCCACGGCACCCUGGGGGGAGGCAGCUGUCCCGGCACCCCCGAGAUGAGACGACGUCAGGAGGAGUCCAUGAGGAGGUUGGCCUCUCAGGUGGUGGCCUACCACUACUGCCAGGCGGACAACGCCUACACCUGCCUGGUGCCCGAGUUCGUGCACAACGUGGCGGCUCUGUUGUGCCGCUCGCCUCACCUAGUGGCCUACAGGGAGCAGAUGCUGAGGGAGCCGCACCUCCAGAGCAUCCUGAGCCUGCGCUCCUGCGUCCAGGACCCCCUGGCGUCCUUCCGGAGGGGCGUCUUGGAGCCUUUGGACGCUCUUUAUAAAGAGAGGAAGAUCAACUCCGAGGAGGACCUCAUCGUCCUCAUUGACGGUCUGAACGAGGCCGAGUUCCACAAGCCAGACUACGGCGACACCAUCGUCUCCUUCCUCUGCAAAACCAUCAACAAGUUCCCUCCCUGGCUCAAACUGGUGGUGACGGUCCGAACCACCCUGCAGGAGAUCACCAACCCGCUGCCUUUCCACCGCAUCUCCCUGGACUCCCUGGAGGAGAACGACGCCAUGGACCAGGACCUGCAGGGCUACAUCCUGCACCGCAUCCACAGCAGCCCGGAGAUCCAGAACAACAUCUCGCUCAACGGCAAGAUGGACAACACCACAUUCGGGAAGCUCAGCGGCCACCUGAAGGCCCUGAGCCAGGGCUCGUACCUGUACCUCAAGCUCACCUUUGACCUCAUUGAGAAGGGCUACCUGGUCCUCAAGAGCUCCAGCUACAAGGUGGUCCCGGUCAACCUGGCGGAGGUCUACCUGCUGCAGUGCAACAUGCGCUUCCCCACGCAGUCGUCCUUUGAGCGGGCGCUGCCCCUCCUCAACGUGGCCGUGGCCUCCCUCCACCCGCUGACCGACGAGCAGAUCUACCAGGCCAUAAACUCCGGCUCGCUGCAGGGAACGCUGGACUGGGACGACUUCCAGCAGCGCUUGGACAACCUGUCCGUCUUCCUGGUGAAGAGGAGGGAUGGCACCCGCAUGUUUGUCCACCCGUCCUUCAGAGAGUGGCUGAUAUGGCGGGAGGAAGGAGAGAAGACCAAGUUCCUGUGCGACCCCAGGAGCGGCCACACUCUGCUGGCCUUCUGGUUCUCUCGGCAGCAGAACAAGCUGAACCGGCAGCAGACCAUCGAGCUGGGCCAUCACAUCCUCAAAGCACAUAUCUUCAAGGGCCUCAGCAAGAAAGUGGGGGUCUCCUCUUCCAUCUUGCAAGGCUUGUGGGUGUCCUACAGCUCGGAGGGUCUUUCGGCCGCACUCUCGUCUCUGAGGAACCUCUACACCCCCAACAUCAAGGUGAGUCGCCUGCUGAUGCUGGGCGGGGCCAACGUCAACUACCGCACGGAGGUGCUGAACAACGCCCCCGUGCUGUGCGUCCACGCCCACCUGGGUUACAUGGACAUGGUGGCGCUGCUGCUGGAGUUCGGCGCCUUCGCCGACGCCCCCUCCGAGAGCGGCCUCACGCCUCUGGGCUACGCCGCCGCCGGGGGCCACAUGGCUAUCGUGACGGCGCUGUGUCGCAGGCGGGCCAAGGUGGACCACUUGGACAAGAACGGCCAGUGCGCCCUGGUCCACGCGGCCCUCAGGGGCCACAUGGAGGUGGUCAAGUUCCUCAUCCAGUGCGACUGGAGCGGCGGGACGCAGCAGCACUCGCCGCAGGGCCAGCAGCGGGCCGGCUUCACCAAGACCAAUGCCGUGCAGCAGGCGCUGGUUGCCGCCGCCAGCAUGGGCUACGCCGAGAUCGUGUCCUACCUGCUGGACCUGCCCGAGAAAGACGAAGAGGAAGUGGAGCGAGCGCAGAUCAACGACUUUGACUCGCUGUGGGGCGAGACAGCUCUGACAGCAGCUUCCGGUCGUGGGAAGCUGGAGGUGUGCCGCCUGCUGCUGGAACAGGGCGCCGCCGUGGCUCAGUCCAACAGACGAGGCAUCGUCCCGCUGUUCAGCGCCGUCCGUCAGGGCCACUGGCAGAUCGUGGACCUCCUCCUCACGCACGGCGCCGACGCCAACCUGGCAGACAAGCAGGGCCGCACGCCGCUCAUGAUGGCCGCCUCGGAGGGACACCUGGGGACUGUGGAGUUUCUGCUCUCCCAAGGAGCUUCCCUGUCCCUGAUGGACAAGGAGGGUCUCACGGCGCUCAGCUGGGCCUGCCUCAAAGGCCACCUGCCCGUCGUGCGCUUCCUGGUGGAGAGCGGCGCUGCCACCGACCACGCCGACAAGAACGGCCGCACGCCGCUCGACCUCGCCGCCUUCUACGGCGACUCUGACGUGGUCCAGUUCCUGGUGGACCACGGGGCCAUGGUCGAGCACGUGGACUACAGCGGCAUGCGUCCCCUGGACCGGGCCGUGGGAUGCAGGAACACGUCGGUGGUGGUGGCCCUGCUCAAGAAAGGCGCCAAGAUAGGAUGUCAGACGCUGCCCAGUCGGCCCCGAGGUCCGGCCACGUGGGCCAUGGCCACCUCCAAACCCGACAUCAUGAUCAUCCUGCUCAGCAAGCUCAUGGAGGAAGGCGACGGCUUCUACAAGAAGGGGAAGGUGAAGGAGGCGGCCCAGCGCUAUCAGUACGCCCUCAAAAAGUUCCCCCGUGAAGGCUUCAGCGAGGACCUCAAGACCUUCAGGGAGCUGAAAGUUUCGCUCUUCCUCAACCUGUCCCGAUGUCGCAGGAAAAUGAACGACUUCGGGAUGGCUGAGGAGUUCGCCACCAAGGCUCUGGAGCUGAAACCCAAAUCCUACGAGGCCUACUACGCCAGGGCCCGGGCCAAGCGUAGCAGCAGGCAGUUCCCCGAAGCCUUGGAGGACCUGAGCGAGGCCAUGAGGCAGUGCCCCAACAACCGGGAGAUCCAGCGGCUCCUGCAGCGCGUGGAGGAAGAGUGUCACCAGCUGAGCCAGGGCGGGGAGCACCAGCAGACGGACCUGGAGCUGGAGCCGCCCCCCUCGCCUCCUCCCACGCCUCCCCCGGAGGAGGAGGAGGACGCCCUGGCCCUCUCCAUGCCCCUCCCGCCGCCCCCGGAGCCCCGUCUGGAGGACAUGGAGCCCGUCCAGGACCUCUUUGAGGACGAGGACUACCUGGAGCAGGAGCUGGAGGCCAUGUCCAUGGGCCUCCCCCUGCCCGAGUCCCAUUCCGGCCUCCCCAUUAUACAGAGCCCCCCGCUUUCUCCCACGCACCCAGACCAGAUCUACCUUGGAGGAGGUUCGCCGAUGGGCCAACCUUACGAGUACCAUCCCACCUCGUCCUCCAUGUCCUCCCCGACCCGCGGCUCUUACCAGACCACGCCGCCCUCCCUGUCCCCGACGCAUCACAACUCCCAUUAUCGACACAGCCCACCCCACACGUCCCCGGUGCACCAGCCGUCCUACCGCUUCAGCCCGCCCCCCGUGGGGAGCCAGGGCAUGGACCGCCAGAGCCCGCCGCCCUCGCCGCUGCGCCGGGCUGCCCAGUACAGAGCCAGUCCGCCCGUGGAGAGCGUUUGUCUCUACAGGUCCCAGUCUGGCUCGCCCGUGCGCUACCAGACGGAGCAGCACCCCGGCCGCCCCAAGUCGCCCCUGUCCAAGAUGAGCAGCCAGCGCUCCUUCCAGCUCAGCUCCCAGCCGUCUUUGUCGUCCCAGCACCACCAAGCCCAGGGUCUUCGUCUGCAGCCCUCCAUCGCCCAGAUCGUGCGCACGAACCAACCCAACAGCGGCUACGGGGGCCAGAUGGGCCACUCCAUGGGAAAUCGCUACCCGGGCGGAUCGGUGGACGUGGACAACCGACUGGUGUACCAGCCUUCCCUGGAUGGACGCUCCAUGUCCCAGGUGCAGGCCAGCCUCAGCUCUGGCGCCCUCUGCCAGCACGGCGGCCGAGGAGGGGUCAUGGAGUCGGGCCUGCUGAAGGACGAGCUACCCCAGCGCCCCUCCUCUGCCUACCGCGCCAGCAGCGGGGCCCCGGGCGGCGUGCGUUACGGCCAGACGCCUCAGAUCAGUCGCAGUCAGUCGGCCGCGUACUACCCGGUCUCCGAGCACGUGCUGGAGCGCGCCAACGCCAUGCCCCCCUGCCAGCUGGGCUCCCCCGAGGUCCCGCAUAUGGUUAGACGCCCCGUCAGCGCCAACACCGCCGAGAUGAAGCCGCACGUGCCCACGCCCAGGCCCCUCAUCCACUCCCAGAGCGUGGGCCUCCGCUUCUCCCCCUCCACCAACAACAUCUCCGCCGGAUCCACCUCCAACUUGGCGCCGGGCUUCAGGCCUUCAGAGAUCCCGUUGCAGGCGGCGUACGAGCGCCCCUGCGAUGACAUCUCGCCCAUCUCUCCCUCGCAGGGCGGCGGGGGGCUGUAUCAGGGUGAGCCCCCGCGUUCCCGUAACACCCCCUUCAUGGGCGUCAUCGAUAAGACGGCGCGGACUCAGCAGUACCUGCACCAGCCCUCACGGUCCCGCGCCAUGACGUCCGUGGACUCGGCCAUCAGCCCCACCUCGCCGGGCCAGCUGGUCCAGCAGGGCUCCACCUACAGCCCCCCCGCCUCUCUGGGCAACAUCGCCUACUACAAUAAGACCAACAACGCCCAGAAUGGGCACCUCCUGGAGGAGGACUACUACUCCCAGACUCCGCCUCCCUCGCUGGGGAAGCUGGCGAACGGCUCGCGGGGCACGGGCGACAUCCUGGAGCGGGUGAGCCAGGUGCCCACCUACCCCGACGUGAAGGUGGCCAGGACUCUUCCCGUGGCGCAGGCCUACCAGGACAACCUGUACCGCCAGCACUCCCGGGACGCCCGCGCCCAAGGGCCCGCCUCCCCCAUCAAACCAAAGAGACCGUUUGUGGAGUCCAACGUGUGAUUGGACCGCCGGGAACGUUUCGGCCGGCAGCAGCGGGACACAACUUGAAGAACUCCGACACUUGAAAGGGUCCUGGACUUGACAGCUACGCUUGGACUCUUGGCCGUCUAAUAAAACGUUCCAGGUUCUGACAACCAUCGAUGCGCUUCUUCCAAAAAAAAAAAAAUGCUGAGCGGCUUCACUUGUGACGGGGACUAAUGGGGUGGGGGGGCGACUCCUGUGACUCUUCAUCUGGUGUUCUUUCAAAGUGUGCUCUUCACCACGGUUGCUCGAUGUAAUACAGUAUUCUAUGUCCUACCGUGUACAUGCCUCCCCGAUACAUACAACGCAGUACUUUAGAGCAAAAGUGACAAUAUUUAUAAUUAACUUAUAUAUUGUACAUAAAGGUCAAAGGAAGCAUAGCUGCCUUCGUGCCGCCGCCGCCGCCGCCGCCGCCUCCACCGCUGCUCGCAUAAGGAGGGACAGACGCUCGUCCCGAUCCGGAAUUGAAUCAAAUCUCAAGCUAAAGAGUCGCUUGGUUGGUUGAUUCGGUCGUGAUUGCGCACAGAGCAGGAUGUGCAUGAAUGUACCUUUUUAGCUGCAAAAAAAACACCUGAAAUUGGACACGUUUGUCCCUCCUGGUUUUCCUCCUUCGCUUCCUCCGCUGCCGUCACCGCCUGCCGGGUUGCCGGGUUGCCGGGUUGCCAGCCAAACGGCGCCUUUUACCUUUUUAUUUUUGUACCUGACUCGUGGAGAAAGCGGGCGUGGGAGCGGCGACGUCUCACACCUGACGCCACAACGGCGGGGGGAAAGGAGUUUUUAAGACAACGGAGAUGUAUAGACUUUCUAGCACAAGUUGUACAUAGCGGACGUUUACAUGUUUGGACUUUGGAGCGUCUAAAAGUCCAAUCAAUAUCUUAACGGGAGUUCCACCUGGUACCGGAGAUGAAGGUGUAACGUGUAUUAUACUUACUUUCAUCUUCUACAUUGAAGGGUGUGUGUGUGUGUGUGUGUAAAUAUUCUGAUGCAUGUUCUAUUCCCAAGCAGGCUGGUGUGCCCCCCCCCCCCAUCAUCCCCACACCCGGCAAAGGCGGUUUCUUUUAUGAUUUCCUUGGCGUAUUUGCUUGCUGAGCAGAGUUCUCUUGUCUGUACAUGUGAGCUUUCAGAUCGCUGUGAGAAAAAAAGAAAUAACUAUUAAAAAAAACUCAAGUUAAA